AAGAAAAGUAACACUUUUUUAUGUACAUGAUUAUAAAUUUUGAUCAAUUUCAUGAGCCACAACAACUAAAAGUAGGUAAUAUAGACUUACUCCUAAGUAGUUAAAGGCUUGCUUAGUCACCCCCUCCUUUAACUUCCAUCAUAAAUAUUGUUUCAAUUGUUUCUUUGCAACUAUAGUUUAUGAUCUUAAGUUAAGAAAAACAAGAAGAAUGAGUACUGCUAGGUUUAUCAAGUGUGUAACAGUAGGGGAUGGUGCUGUUGGAAAAACUUGCAUGCUUAUAUCCUAUACAAGCAAUACCUUUCCCACUGAUUAUGUUCCAACUGUGUUUGACAAUUUCAGUGCUAAUGUAGUGGUGGAUGGUAGUACAGUUAAUCUUGGUUUAUGGGAUACUGCAGGACAAGAAGAUUACAAUAGAUUAAGGCCAUUGAGUUACAGAGGAGCUGAUGUGUUUUUGUUGUGUUUUUCUCUCAUUAGUAAAGCUAGUUAUGAGAACAUUUCCAAAAAGUGGAUAUCUGAGCUGAGACAUUAUGCUCCAAAUGUGCCUAUUGUGCUGGUGGGAACAAAAUUAGAUUUGCGAGACGACAAGCAAUUUUUUAUCGAUCAUCCUGGAGCGACACAAAUAACAACUGCUAAGGGUGAAGAAUUAAAGAAAAUGAUUGGAGCAGUUAGUUACAUUGAGUGCAGCUCUAAAACACAGCAGAAUGUGAAGGUAGUUUUUGAUGCUGCAAUAAAGAUUGCAUUGAGGCCACCUAAGCCAAAGAAGAAACCACGCAAGACAAGGACAUGUACAUUCCUCUAAUUUGGGGGGUGUGAAAAUAAUAUAUAACCACUCCAUUUCAUUUUCAGAUUUAUAUAGCAGAAUUGAAACCAUAAGCUUCAAUGUUUUGUUUGUGAUUUUAUAGUAUAUAGAAUGAAAAAAAAGAGUCUUAAGGGUUAUGGACUAUCUUAGUGAAGAAUUAUUGAAUUAAUUAUUUUUCUUUUUGUGUCUAGUUGCUCUUGUUUAUGUAGUUACUCAUAUUUGAAGUUAAAUUGGGAAUUCCUUUUGUAUUUCAUGAUA